GGCCGCUAUAAGUAUCCCAGGAUGCGGUGCGAAAACUUCUCGGGAUCACUACUUUGGGAGUAAUCAUGCCCGCUCUAAGAGUUCUUCAACCCGAUGCUGUGGAUCUCAGCAGUCUCCAGCUGGGUCGGCUUGUCACCCUCGAGAAUUGCCGCAUCCACGAUGUCCUCUAUGGACCCUCCGCGGUAAAGCUGACCUUUGUCUUGAAAGAUCUUACUUUACCAGCUUACUCUUUGACUACUCUUGGUGGCCGAUUCGGUACCACCGACUGGAGGACCAUGGGUAAGAUUAAAGUGAGGGCCCAGACUGUCUUACAGAGUCGCGAACAUAGAUUUCUAUUGGAUCUCGAGCGCCGCGUCAAGGUUCUUAUUGACGCGGCCUAUCCUACAUGGACCAUCCGGAGUCAAGGAAGGUCUGCACAGCGGCCCGACCUGCUUCUCAACGGCACUAGCAUCUUCAAAAGAAACGAGUUGGAGGAGUACCCUCCCGAAAUCAGUAUCAUCCUGCAACCUUACAAACCCCCUGGCUCUCAGGAAGCACACGAUUGUUUCAAGUUUGCUAUGCGAGAUGGAGACACCAGCGACAUCAUUGAAGAUUUCAUACCCUCAAAGGUCACAGAUCCAAGAGGUGACCUAGUAGGCCCAGGAGACAAGCUAGCCGCUGUCGUCCAGCUUGAUCGCAUUGUGUACUAUGGUGUGCACACCCAAGGUAUCUCCAUACAGCUGACCAUGUUUCAAGGAAAACUUUGGAGGAAACCUCCUUCAUACACUCACAGACGAUACCCGGUGGAAGAUCUCUUGACCGAUCUGGAUAACCUGGCGAUGACAGACAGAAACAGGGACCCGGGUCAGAAUAGUGACGUGGCCGCUGCCCUCUUGGCAAUCAACGAGGAGGCGGAGGAGGCCCCUACCAUAGGCAUGUGCCCACCACUCUUCCUUGCAGCCAGAAGCAGUUACCUACUUGCCAACAUCCCACACAAAAUGGCUACCCCAUACAAACCUCUCAAAGCCCAAGUCAUUAGACCUAACUGGCCUUUCAUCGUUGCUACACUACGUCUCGCCCUCUCUAUUGGCCUUACCGGUUACGCUUUACUUCAUGCCCGCAAGUCGAUUGCUCAACAUAUCCGCGCCAAGACUGCGCAAGAAUGCGCCCCGUUCGCCUCUGGAGUCGCUGACCUUACCAUAUUUGUUUCUGCACUCGCCUCUAUUGCGUUGGUCAAUUCUGCGCCGUAUGAAAAGUGGCCUGCCCUUCAAUUUGCUGCUGCGUUUGUCAUACUCGGCCUCCUCGUGGUGGCAUCCUUUACAUUCGUCUUUCAGCUGGCCUCCUUUGGGGUGGCCUUGGAUGAACACUUUGAAUGCGUGUGGAGCAGCGGCUUGAUCAAGGGAUUUGCCAUCACAUUCGUCCUCAUCAACGGGCCUCUUGUAGUUGGGAUCACAUCCUAUGUGGGGUUGAAACUAUGGAGAGUUCUCAGAUGGUUCGCAAGGCAAUCAGUCAUUGUCACGGAGGCGAGGAGGGAAGACGAUACACGAACUCAGCAGCAGAUAUGCGUCCGCGUUGAGACUGAUAUAAAAAGACUUUGGGACGAUAGUGAUAAGAGGCGAGAGGAUGAGUAUCUCGCUUGGUGCAAGGAUUGGAUCCUCCAAUGCCACCGUGUUCUCAAGAGGACAGGUACAUGUUACAUCUAUGGUCUGUCCACCACGUUGGCUCUGAUCUACGCCCGGAUACAUGGUAACAAAGCCAUCACGUGGAAAGUGGACUGGCUUGUUUGGCACGAUACGAACAAGACAAAUCCAAAGGCAAAGAGCUUUCAGCGAUCGCAUGAAAGCAUCCUUUUGUGUCGCUUUCCAGGGUCAAGGUUUAACCGUGAUCUAGUGCGAGAAGCCUAUACUGAGGAGUACAAAAAGUACAGCCCUGGCAGGGUCCGAGCUGCUGAUUCUACUGGGCGUAUAAACUCGCGGAAUGUCGCAACCGCCUACAAUAUCCAUGAGGACGUCUCAGCUUUGAGCGGGGCUUGCGGCAAAUCGGAAGGCGUUGCCCACCCUUCUCAGAAGCCAUUGCAACUGACCGAGCGUCUUGUAAAGAGCGCUAUGCAUACUGAGGAAGGCAUAGAAACGAAUGUCCUCAUUCCCUUUGCAGGGGCAGGGACAGAGAUGGUGGCUUGUUCUAGGCUUCCCGGCUGCAGAUUUCUUGCGUUUGAGAUCAACGCCAAAUACGUUGAGCUCGCAAAGAAGCGUAUGGCAGUGGAGUAA